GCUCAGAGAGUGGAUAUCACGUCUGCAUUCUAAGGAGUAAAGAUAUCCCAAGAGGAGGGAACGAACUAUAGUCGUGUAUUAUAUCGAGAUUUGUCUAUCCUAUUUAAUAAUUCAUAUCAUCAUUUAAAUAACAAAAUGUCUAGACAAUUUUACCAAAUCGUUGGAAUUCUCGCGUGUUUCCUUACAUUCGCCGGCAUUUAUGCACAAGAUACGCCAUCGGUUUCUAAGAUAUGUUUAGGAUGUAUUUGUGAAGCUGCAUCAGGAUGCAACACGACACUCGGUUGCAACGGUGAUGUAUGCGGUCCUUUCCGCAUAACUUGGGCUUAUUGGGCUGACGCUGGUAAACCAACUCUGAACAACGAAGCGAAUACUAACGAAGGCGCAUAUGCAAAUUGCGUUAACGAUGCAUUCUGUGCUGGACGCACAGUAGAAAGUUAUAUGAACAAGUUUGCUCGAGAUUGCAAUGGUGAUGGUAUUAUUAAUUGCGACGAUUUUAUUCGUAUACACCGUAAUGGUAGAAAUGCUUGCACGGCUCCAUUGAACAAUAAAUACGAAAACAUUUACAAACUUUGCAUGCAAACAUUUGGUUAAUAUUUUGAUCAAAAGUGAUAAACUGAUAUUAUUUUACAUGUAAUGUAAACGCUUCAGGAUUUUACAAUUUAUUACUUUUAUGAUAAUUUUAAUUAUUUACACGUACGCUAAUUAUUAUGAUUAUUUAUAAAAAUCUUUAAAAUAAUAUUUUACAUUCACGAUUAAGCAGCAGUUUGUCAACUUGGUACGCUCGUUGUUUUAUAAGCGCACCUUCUACUUCCAUUACUUUACACGAUUCAAUAUUACGAAUAAGAAAAUGAUUUAUAAAGAGUCUAAGACUUUCUCUAAAAGUUUGUAAUAAAGAAGUUGAAGAUAUCCUUUCAAA